AUGGAAAGUGAGAUCUUGACUGCUAAUGCUGAGAGCUGUUUAGAAAAGUCUAAACUUACUUCACUUCUUCCAUUGCAUGCCUCAAGUGCUGGCGAGAUUCUUCUUAGUCAUUUCUGGGUUGACAAUUUUGAUUUGGCUACCGACAAGCAGUAUAGUGGUGGUGAAAUUAACAUUACAACUUUGAUAGCAUUUCAAGAAGGGAAAACUUUGGAGGCUCACAAUUUUCAUAUACAUGUGCCAAGAAAAGCCUCACAUAGAAUAAGCAGUGAAGAUCCAGACCCUAUACCAAAUAAAGUUGAAAGUCAAAUCCUACCACCAACAUGCAGCAUAGAAAUCGUCCCAGAGCAAUUUAUUUUUGAUGACAGAAAGUUUUUGACAUUCUAUUUUGCUUGGAUAAUUGCACGGGGGGACAACAGUUCUGAUCAAGUCAUUCCGAUAUUCAGCGGUUUCAUGACGAAUGCUCGUAAGACAACAGAUCCGGUAUUAUUAUUAUAA